GGCGGGCGUCGGUUGGAGCGAGUCCACGUUUAAAUCAAAGAUCUCUAAUCUUUGCUUUAAAUCGCCAUCGUGCUGCUGCUGCUGCGCGAGUGUCAAGCGAGAGCCGAUUGUGAGCUCCAACCGCGCGUUCGAAGACACCUAGCUAGAGAAACAUGUCUCCCACCGGCAAGUUGUUGAUCGGCGGCGGGAUGGGAGAGACCGCGGAGCCGAACCGCCUGCGCUGGAACCUGAGCAAGCAGCAAAUCGAGGAGGAGGCCCAGGCCCUGAUGUGCCGGACCAGGCGGGUGUACGAUCGCGUCGGCUCCCUCGACCCGGCCGAGGUGACCUACGAGAACACGCUGAAGGAGCUGGCCGACAUCGAGGUGGAAUACACGGUUCAGCGUAAUAUUCUAGACUUCCCACAGCAUGUUUCUCCAUGCAAAGAAGUUCGGGCCGCCAGCACCGAGGCAGACAAGCAGUUGUCUGAAUUUGACGUGGAGAUGAGCAUGAGAGAAGAUGUCUACCUGAAGAUUGUGGCUCUGCAGAAUAAAUGUCAAGCUAAGGAACUACGACCGGAAGCUAAGCGAUACAUGGAUAGGCUGCUGAAAUUGGGGAAAAGAAAUGGACUUCAUCUGUGUAAAGAGAAGCAAGAGGAGAUCAAAACUAUCAAGAAGCGAAUCAGCACUUUAUGCAUAGACUUCAGCAAAAACUUGAACGAAAAUACCACGUUCCUAGAGUUUACACAGGAUGAACUGGGUGGUCUCCCUGAUGACUUUAUUAAUAGUUUGGAGAAAGUGGAAAGUGGGAAGUUGAAGGUGACGCUAAAAUAUCCCCAUUAUUUUCCCUUAAUGAAGAAAUGUUAUGUCCCAGAAACCAGGAAGGCGAUGGAGCAAGCUUUUAACUCCCGCUGCAUGGAGGACAAUGCACAGAUCCUUAAAGAACUGGUGGCACUUCGUAAAAAGAAAUCUGAUCUCCUGAACUUCAAGACUCACUCGGAUUUUGUGCUAGAAAUGAACAUGGCUAAGAACAGCAAGAAUGUCACUGUCUUUCUCGAUGAACUAGCACGCAAACUAAAACCACUUGGUGAAGAAGAGAGGGCAGUUAUCAUUGAUCUGAAGAAGGAAGAAUGUGCAAAGCGAGGCUUUGAUUUUGAUGGCAUUAUAAAUGCCUGGGAUCUACGAUACUACAUGAAUCAGGUGGAGGAGGUGAAGUAUUUUGUGGAUCAGAACAUGCUGAAGGAAUAUUUUCCGAUGGAAGUGGUUACAGCUGGCCUAUUGGAUAUCUAUCAAGAAUUGCUAGGAUUGACCUUCGAACUCAUUGAGAAUAAACCUGUAUGGCAUGAGGAUGUAAAGAUGUACUCUGUGAAAGAUGCCGCUUCUGGAGAGUUGCUGGGACAAUUCUACUUGGACUUGUAUCCAAGGGAAGGAAAGUAUGGACAUGCUGCGUGCUUUGGCCUUCAACCAGGCUGCUUGUUGCCAGACAAGACAAGGCAAAUUACAGUGGCUGGUAUGGUGGCAAACUUUACCAAGCCAACUCCCAGUGCUCCUUCAUUACUUCAGCAUGAUGAGGUUGAGACCUACUUCCAUGAGUUUGGUCAUGUGAUGCAUCAGAUCUGCUCCCAGGCUGAAUUUGCUAUGUUCAGUGGGACACAUGUUGAGCGAGAUUUUGUGGAGGCCCCCUCUCAGAUGUUGGAAAACUGGGUUUGGGAGAAGGAACCCUUGCUCCGAAUGUCGAAGCACUACAAAGACCAGAGCAUGAUUCCACACGAUCUCCUGGAAAAACUCCUUAAAUCCAGGCUUGCUAACACUGGUCUCUUUAACUUAAGACAAAUAAUUUUGGCAAAGGUUGACCAGUCACUACACACAAGUUCGAAUGCAAAUAUUGAUGCCAAGGAAGAAUAUGCCAGGCUAUGCAAAGAGAUAUUGGGAGUUCCAGCAUCACCAGGAACUAAUAUGCCGGCCACAUUUGGACACCUAGCUGGGGGAUAUGAUGCCCAGUAUUACGGUUAUCUCUGGAGUGAGGUGUACUCCAUGGACAUGUUCUACACUCGAUUUCGACAAGAAGGCAUCAUGAGCGCAAAGGUUGGAGUAGACUAUCGAAACUCUAUCCUUAAACCGGGCGGUUCACUGGAUGCUGAGGAGAUGCUCAAAUGUUUUUUGGGUCGAGAGCCAAAACAAGAAGCCUUUCUUCUCAGCAAAGGGCUGAGAAUAGAUCAAGCUAAAAAGUCCACCCCUUCAGCCUGUUGAGGUGGCUUGUUUAACUGUAUAUCACGUGUAACUUUCCACCAUGGCACCGUAAUCUCUCCUUGUAUUACUGAUGAACAGCUCUCCAGAUGGAUUUUGUGUUCAAGCAUUAAUGUAUUGUUCAACUGCAACAAGCUAAUGGGUUAACCAUAACUUGUGAUGUUUGAGCAAAACAUUUCUGUUAAACCCAUUGUACAAGACAAAUGAUAACUUAAGUGAGAUCUUUACAAUUGUAAUCACGUUGUAAUUAAUAAGGAGAACCAGGAAACAAGCUAUUUUUACAUAAAUAACUGUCAUGCAGUAAAUGGUGCGGUAUUCUCUGCUUGUAUCACUAAAAAGGGGAAAAUAGCUAAAGUUGGUGAUUCAAUUGUGUGAGGGUAGGUUUGGUUGUAUUGAGCUAUUCUAUUACUAUCAGUGUAGUCAGAUAGCUUGCCAUUGCUUUCUACCUAACACAAUGAUUGAUCAGUUCAGCAAGAAGUACAAAUUGCUAAUACUCCAAGGAGAAAAUGUCACCUUCCAGUGAAAUGUUGGAUGUAAGGUCCACAUCUUGUUAAUAGUAAUCAGUUUUUUUUUUUAAAGAACAAAAAAUGGAGCCUUCAUAUGUUCUGAACAAACAAAUAGCUUCUAAUCUGAUUAUAGGUCUUAUUAUGGCCAAGAAUUGUUUAUGGCAAAUGUGCUUGUUUUCUGCAGUUUUUCUUCUAUGGUUAUUGACACAAAUGACAGGGGUGCAUGAUGGGUCUCACCAGGUUUAGGAAGUUGCAGUUUGGACUGUUAACUGGUACUGGGCUAUAUUUGGUUUGCACUCUUGAUUUAAAGAAAAGCAGAGAGGUAUGAGGUCACGCUGGCUCUUUAAAGCUGUCCAAUAAUCUUGUAUGAAGAAUUGCUCCGUAAGUAACAGGAAGAGAGCCUCUGCCAUCUGGAAUUGUAUCAGGAUAACAAAAUUAAAACAUUAAAGGAUGAACAAAA